CUGCCCCUCAGAAAUCGUGGGGGGUAGGGGCAGGGGGUCGCAUGUGGACCCCGAGUCGCCGAUUCAUAGGCCAUCGGGCUUCUCCCGCCCUUGGAGCCUGCGGUCUCGCUAAUCCGGAGCCCAUCGCCGGUCCCGUCGGCCGUGCAUCGCUGCUUCGGGUGCAUGGUUGUCCCGCCGAGCCCGUCCCCUCUGUCGCCUGUCGUCCCCCCUGAGGACGUCGCCCUCGUGCAGGCCGCCGCCGAGCCCCAGGUGGACUCAGGAGUCGAAGACAGAAUCGAGGGACUCCGCAUGGUCGAGGUUCGAGGCUUGAACCUCUGGAUGCCUUCCAGCAGCUGCGCCUCGCCGAUGGCGUUCUGUGGGUGCUCGCAUCAUCUAGAACGGCCGCCAGAGACCCGAGUCAUGACCCGAACGCCCAGCCGGUUCGGCUGAUUCGCUGUCGGCUGCAGUCGGCCGCGUUGUUUUGGGCCGCCUUCAGUUUCCAUCGGUUUCGGCUCUGCAAUCGGUUCGGCCAGUUUUCGAUGGUGCAGUGCCGCCGCGGACGGUUAUGAGGAAUCGACCACAAAAUGACGGGACAAACGUAGAUUUUCGGAGGGGCUGGUGCCGGACCGCUCCCGUUGGCGCGCGGAGCGAGCCAGGGGCGGCGCUGGCAGCGAUGCCACAGACUCCCGAGAUGUUGUAUGCUGCGUAGCUUCUGCUGCUCUUCCAGGGAGUGGAGCAGCCGCCGCAGCUGGCCAGCCCCCCCAGCCGCACAGCGAGUCUUCUGGGCCGCGACGGCGCUGCGCGCACGAGGCAGCAUGCAGUCUUCACGGGGCCCGCCCGGGCGGGCGGCAGUGACUCGACGAUCGGCUACUUGUGCUGCCUCGUCUCGUGCUUGGGCUUUGGCAGCAACUACCUGUUCGUGAAGCAGGUCGACGUGAAAGACGGGAUGCUCUUCACUCUGUGUCUCUCCUUCGGCGUCCUGUGCGUCGGUGCCCUGCAGUGGCUGAGCUCUGGGAUGUAUGCCUUUGAGCCGUUUGCGAUGCUGGGCGGCACGUUGUGGGCUAUCGGCAAUCUGUGCGUGCCCUUCAUCAUCCAGCACUGCGGCCUCGGGAUAGGACAGCUGGUGUGGAGCGUCACGAACAUGCUCACUGGUUGGGCCUCGGGGACGUUUGGGAUCCUCGGGAAGGAGAAAGACUUCGUCGCUCAUCCGAGCCUGAAUUUCGCCGGUGUAGCCAUGGCCAUAAUGUCGCUGGGCUUGUUCAAGUUCAUAAAGGACACGUCCAGCGACAAUUCUGAGAAAGUGGGCCUCAUCAGUGGCGCGUCCAGCCAGUCUGCUAGAGGGUUUGGCGGGUGGGAUUUCAAUCCGCCGACAUAUUUGCAACAGAUCGGCCAGCGGGACCGGAUUGCAGGGCUGAUACCGCGCCACUCGCCGUACGCUACGGACUAUGUGAUUUCCCACUUCAGCGGCAUAUUUGCCACCACAGCCGCCGCUUUCGCAGUGUACGCCGUUGCCACCAAGGGGCGCGUCUACCUGGGCCGCGAGGUGGUCCUGCCUGGAAUCUUGGCUGGGGCCCUGUGGGGCAUCGCGCAGGUCGCUUGGUUCAAGGCCAACGGGGUGCUCUCGUAUGUCGUCGCGUUCCCCAUCAUCGUGGGAGUGCCUGGCCUCAUCGCCGCCCUCUGGGGCGUGGUGCUCUUCGGCGAGAACCGGGGGAAACACAACCUCUCCGUGCUGGGCCUCGUCGUCGCGGUGCAGGCCGUGGCCGUUUCGCUGAUCCAGAAGGAGCCAAAGGGGUGGCACGAGCAGCGGAAUCACACGACUUUCCACGCCAACCUGUCCAGCACCUACAGCGCCGUGGCGUCUGCGGAGGGGCCGCCCCUGGACCGCGCCGCGGCGGCCGCGGCGGCCGCGCGCGGGAGGUCGCCCGACUCCGUGACCAUCACUUUCGGCACGGGCCAGGUGUCUGGCCACUUUGCGAGGGACGCCGUCUGCCUCGGUUUCAUGUGUGCGGACAUGAACUUCAUCUCUGCGACCAACGAGAGCGACGAGCCCUUCAAGGACGUGCCCUUCGACGGCAUCCUCGGCCUGGCCCUGCCGCGGCUGUCCGAGGAGCAGGGCUUCUCCCUGGUGGACGCGCUCGUGAAGGACGGCCUCCUGCGGCGCGGCCUCUUCUCCGUGUUCUUCGCCGACGAGGAGAGCGACGAGGAGAGCGAGGUCCUCUUCGGCGACCUGCGGGAGGAGCACAUGGCGGGCCCGCUCUCGUGGGUGCCGGUCGCCAACCCGGGUUUCUGGCAGGUCGCCAUGCAGGAUAUCGCCUUCAACGGCGAAUCCAUAAACAUCUGUGGAUCUGGUUGCCAGGCGGCCCUGGACACGGGCACGUCGCUGCUGGCGGGCCCGGCGCGCCUGGUGCGGCUGCUGGUCGACAGGCUGAGGGUUGCCGCUGAUUGCAGCAACUUCGACAGUCUCCCCGACCUCGGCUUCAUCAUCGGCGGCCAGGUCUUGUCCCUCAAGCCGGGCGAGUACGUAGACAGGUCCGAGGAGGGCUGCGUGCUGGGCCUCAUGGCGCUCGACAUCCCCGCGCCUAGGGGCGGCCCGCCCUUGUUCAUCCUCGGCGACCCGUUCCUGAGGA